CACAACCUGAUAUACCCGAGACUAUCUCUCGCUGAACAAACUGUAUAUAUUGCUCAACAAAGCCAGGUCUUCCGAAUACUCAAACUAGUAGUUACCUUACAUCACGCAACGGUGAACACGAUCGGGCAGUAUUGUGAAACAUGGGCGGAACAGGACAUUGAUGAAAAGAAGAAAGGGGCGAUUGCUAAACGUUUUGACUAGUAUGUAAAAUAUAGGACAGCACAACACCAAGAUGGCUGACGAAGAAAAGCGGGGAGUUAACAUCGCCAAUGGAGUCAUAUCGGGAUUAGUUAUAGCGUGUGGUAUCAUCUACAGUGCAUUGUCGGGAGUCUAUAUUGACAGCGUACUCGCUGGAGUGAGUGUUGCGGGCAUUUCAACCGUUCCCUUGUGGAGUAUCGGUUUUGCUUACAUUGUCCCAGGGCUUCUCGGACUCAUUGGAACAUGCACGAAAUCGAAAUGCGCCUACAUUGUCCAGAUGGUGUUCUGCAUCCUUACUCUGCUGGCAAUGGGAAUCUUCGUCAUCAUCGCCUUGCUGGCUCUAACUGGUCUCACUUACGUUUCCAAUGUGUGCGGAUCCUCAUCUCAAGCUGCUUGUUCCGUUACUUCCUCGAGUUUCUACGCCGUUGUCUACAGCAUCUCAAUCAGCAUGGUGCUUGGCUGGGUCCUCACACUGGUCAUCACAAUACUCGGUGGUAUCCUCGCUUGCAGACAACCGGCAAGGCAUGGUCAGGUGAUGGUGCCGAUGGCACCAAUGACGGUCGUGUCCACCACCACUAACAUGCAGCCUACAGCCUAUCAGGGCAAUUUGGCCUACUCUGACAACAUGGCCUACAUGCAAGGGACGGGAUAUCCAGACAGUAGGGCCUACACACAAGGAACGAGUUACCUUGACAACAGGUCAUACAUGCAAGGCUCGGGUUACCCUGACAACAGGUCCUAUACGCAAGGCUCGGGUUACCCUGACAACAGGUCCAACUCGCGAGACACAGGUUACCCUGACAACAGAUCCUACAAGCAAGGCUCGGGUUACCCUGACAACAGAUCCUACUCGCAAGAUACAGGUUACCCUGACAACAGAUCCUACAAGCAAGGCUCGGGUUACCCUGACAACAGAUCCUACUCGCAAGACACAGGUUACCCUGACAACAGAUCCUACAAGCAAGGCUCGGGUUACCCUGACAACAGAUCCUACUCGCAAGACACAGGCUACCAGGACAACAGAUCCUACGUACAAAGCUCAGACUACCCUUCCUAUGUGAAACCUUCAUCCAACCAGUCGUAUCGCGAUUGGCGGGAAAAAUACUAAACCGUUAGAUCAGAUUACGUUUAAAUGUUAUUAACGAUUAAUAUAAAGUUUAAAAACAAUAC